CAGAUUUGAAUGGCUGAGCAGCAUCACAUCAAACGAUUGGAACACAUGCAAUUGAAACCCAUCUUCGCCUGAAUGAUCACACUGGACUAUGCAGCUUUUGGCUGGGGAUCUGUUUUAGAGCAUAUGCUCGUUAACCCAUUGGAGGAGACGCUGGAGGCUGGACUUAGCAGAGAAUUGUUGGAGGAGCUGGGCGUGGCUAUUCCUAUAUCAGUAGAAGAUCAUGUGGACUCCUGCUAUGCCCCUUCUUCCUCCCCCUCCUCCUCUUCCUGUCUUAUCACCAACUUUUAUGUGAAGAAGAUGGAGGAGGAACAAAUUAGGGAGAUAGAGAGAGUGGCAGCAUCCACGGCAACUGAUCAUGGACUGGAGGUUUUAGGAAUGGUGAGAGUCCCGAUCUACACCACGAAAGGCCUUGCAUCUUACCUGUCGCACUCUUUCAUCAGCAACGCUCGUGCCCAGUUGGUCGACUCUCUGCUACGCUUCAACCUAGUUGGCCCUAAGGAGUUGCACAAAGCCCUCACAUACUCUCUGAAGAUACACACACAAACCGCAGAGGACCUGCAAGCGGCCCUCACACUCACAGAGACUAAAUGGAAACCGCUUUGAAACACAUCUGCCACAGCACAUCCUCUCAAGCAUGCACAUCGAUACAGUUUGGCCAUCAGCAGACUAAACACAAUAGUUCAUUGUCACACUUAAUCAUAAACACACUGUCAUACUGAUACUAAGCGUGUGACUCAUAAUUGUCUAUGUGCAUCAAACCUUGAACCUUGAACGGAAAUAAAAUAAUUUACACUCA